AUGCUUCUCAAACCCGUCCGCCCCUCCUCCUUCUCGCCCAUCGAUGGCUUCACUCCCUCCCGCUUGAAGAGAGAGAGUUGCAUAACAUGUGACUCCGUCCCUACCUGUCCGGCUUGCCCUGAUGGCCAGACCUGUACUAUGACCGCCCAGACUUGCGACAGCUGUUCCACCACGAAAUGUGUGUCCACCUCAACCAAUACUGCACCCCCGGCCAAAGGCACCAAUGUCGGUGCUAUCGCUGGUGGUGUGGUCGGAGGUGUGAUCGCUCUGGCCGUGCUCCUUUUCCUCAUCUGGUGGUUUGUCAUUCGCAAGCGACGCAACGCUCAAGCCGAAGAGAAGGACCACAGCGCCUUCAAUGCCGCCCGGGAUGGACGUCAAUCCACCCAAUCCAUCGCCUCUACCGUUCUCACCCGUGCCUCCAACGUCAUUCAAAUCGCCUACAUUCCAGGCGUCACCAAUCGCUCCCCUCCAGAGACCCCUGCCACGCUGGUACCUCCUGUGCCACCCCUUCCGGGUGCUCACCCCGAUCAGCACUUCUUCAUGCCGGGUGACCUGCGGGAUUCCUCCUGGACCACGAUGACGGGUCAUCAAAGCAUGUCGCCAACCCUGCGGAGCAGUGUGGCAACCACCGUUUACCGCAGUGACGCCAUCGUCAGCGCGACCCCAGCACAACAGAUCCAGCGUUCUCGGGCCAACAUCGUCAGUGUCCACAAUGGCCCUGGUGGCUCUGGUGCUAGCACCCCGACCCAACCGGUUCCCGUCAUGAUCACGCCCAGAGAUGCCCCCGCCGUUCCAGCCAUCACCUCGACUCAACUGGCCAAGGCCGGAGCUAUGGCACAGAGCGGCAGCUCCAUCGUGGCCCGCCAAGUGAUGGCGAAGCCCGUCAUGGUUCGUGGUCAAUCAGUGAAGAAGAAGGACGGACAGGCCGUCACCAAUAAGGCAGCCGAGGCAGACAAGAAACCGACCACUGCCGGGUCGGAUAGUAGCCGUCAAUUCGAUCAUCAAACAUCCACAUUCGACGGCAACUCUUCGGAUGAAGAAGGCGAUGAAACCCGACCAACUACCUCCUCCACCUCAACCAAGGCCAAGACCACUUCCACGUCGGAAGAAGCAACUCAAGAUGCUGGUCCUUUCCAGGACCAUCUCAGCACAUCCGAGGCCAACUCUUCUUCCGUAGAUCAGAAACGCACCUCCCGUCACUCUAACAAGACACCACCCCCGCGAGUACGGAGUCCAUUCUCUGAUGACAACGAGGUCAAAUGA